AUGUAUCUUGCCGUGGCUGCAGCUGUGGCCGUGGCCAUCGUGCUGCUAUCUGUAUGGAGACGGAGGUGGCGAUAUGCCCUGAAGAUGCCAUCAUCCCCAAGAACCAUCCAAGAGAAGCCGUCUAGACUCGAUAUUGAGCCUCUGAGCGAAUUCGAUUGGCGACAAAAUGACCCAACCAAUUACCGGUCUUUCAAGCCCGUCUACCACAUCACGAUGGCCAUCCAGGCAAGUGCGCCUGAAGAUCUCAUCAUUUUUGACAAAGCCUACUUGGAUCGAGUUACAAAUCGUCGGAGGAUUUUGAAGGAAAAUACGUCAAAGGUUGCUGGCGCAGUGCCGGAAGGUAUCCCGGCUCUUCAUGAGACUUGGACUUAUCUGCUCUCCGAAUAUUUGCCAACGCGCUACCCGACCAUGUUCUCCCUCUCCGAAGACGGGGCCAUCUUUCAGAACCAUAUCACCAACAUUUCCUUGCCCACAACUCCACCAGAAGACCCGGACAUUGCACUCCAGGCCCUCGGGGAAACCGUGGAAGACGACAUUUUCCUACUAGUCGAAACUCCUGAAGGCCAUCGCGCGGUUGCGUUCGUUUGCUGCCACCCAGCUGGAUUUGAUCCUUCCGAUAAGCUGGGGAAGCUCAUGAAGGAUAUACACCGACCAGUGCCGUCAUAUGACAAGAUAGGGGCAAGUAUGGAGCGUUUCUUCAGUCGAUUGCAGGUGGGGAAGAGCGUCAAAAGGCUGAAUUGGUCUGUCUCAACCCACGAUAAAUUAUUCAGUCCGAGUGACUUGCACAUCUACAAUGGCGACAGUGUGGAGGAAGACGAAGAGGUUGACAUUAGCAAGGCUUGUUUGCGCCAGGAGUUGCAGACGCUGACAAGACUUCCGGAGACUGGCGCGAUUCUGUUCUCCUUCAAGACCUAUUUGACGCCGAUAGAACAGAUUAAGAACGAGGGGUACGGACUACAGCUAGCAGACGCCAUAGAGGGCUUGAAGUAUGGCAAUGCGCCGGGCAUGUGGGUUUAUAAAGGGGCCGCACGUUGGGGGAAGAGCGUUUGCGAAUAUCUUCGGUCAUGA